CAUAUUAUAAAGUUUCUCAACCCGGCAAUUGAGCCGCAUCGAGAAAGAGGAUAAAUUCACAGGGAAGGAAAGAAGAAAAAGACCCGAAUGCGAAAAAAAGCCCUAAAUCGAAGCACACAAUCUUCAGCUAAUAAUCUCUCCAAUUUCCAAUAAACCCUAAAUUGAAGCCAUGGCAGGAAGAGAAGUUCGAGAAUACACCAAUCUCACCGAUCCUAAAGAUAAGAAAUUCGGUAAAGGGAAGGACAAGAUAGAUGACGAGGAGGUCACUUUCCAACGCAUGGUUUCCAAGAUGCAAGAGGUUGCUGGGGAACGUGGAGGUUACCUUCAUGGAAGAGGCGCCCUGGACAGCGAUGACUUGCUUUACCUCAAGGAGCAGAUGGAAGCCGAGGAGGAUGCUGAACGCCUUCUGCGACGUACGGAAAAACGUGCAUUUCAAGCAUUCAAGAAAGCUGUUGCUGAUUCUUCACCUGCAUCUAUUCCCCUGCCACUUCGUGUUGAGCCCAAGCCAAAAAGUGGGAUCAGGCAGCAAGAUGUACUAAAAAGGGUUUUAGAAGUCAAGCCUAAGAAGCAGAAAGUUUCUAGAGGGUCUGAUGGGAGUAAUUCCAUCUCAAGUACACAGGCUAUUCCUAGUAGCAACUCUGAUUCCAAUCAGGAGAAGCAGAAAGAUGUCUUGCCAGCUAAACCAAAUGACACUGGAAAUGAAACAAAGGUAGAUAAUCCGAUAAAAAGCUUGGUAGCAGCAUAUGAGAGUUCAGAUGAUGAAGAUUGAUUUUGUAUGGAUAUUGACGAAUGAUUCUUAGAUCAUAGUGUUUAAAUCACUCAAAUAUCCUUAGCCUAGUUAUGUGGCCAUUUUGAUCAAGGAUCCAUUGAGCAUGCCUGCGCGCAGAGGCCUAAAUCUUCUUACCCUGAAUUAGCUGACGAGUGAAUAUCCACAAACUGUAUGUUGUAAUUUUACAUAGUUGAGAUGUGAGUUAUUAUUGUUUUGCACAAAAUUUGAUUCUCACUAUUACCCACCUCACAGGUCUCAUUCACAUAUGUUUAUUUUAACCCAACAGAUUUUUAGGUUCAAUUCCAUUGAUCAUCAACUUACAAAUUGAACUCUGGAAAUUACCCAGAAUGAGAGUUACAUGAUCAAUUAAUUUGAAGGAUCAUUUGAUCUAAAAACGUUGAUUUAUGACUAA